AAAUAAUAAAGUGGUUCUGUUCUACUUAUUCAGGAGACGAAGAAGUUUGCGCGUCACUUGCAGUGUAAGCGGGUGUGAAAGGCUCUCACUGCUGAGGCCGCCCAUUUCUACUACUCUUCACAUAUAUUGCAUCAAACUAGACAUGGUAAAAAUAGUAGCUGUAAUGCUAUCAAGCAGUCUCUUUCAAGUUAUUCUUGUGAGAAGUUGCAGUACAGCUGCCAUCGCCAGUCGACAGCACGAGAGGCACCUUCAUGUAUUAAGUGAAGUGGUGUCAGGGCCCGCUCACGGGAAGCCGCUGGCACUUCACCUGGAUACCGCUCUUCCAGCAGACGUGCGGCAAGCAGUCCUAGGUGUGGAGGCGGUACGGCGCACACCUCACUUUACUUUAAGUCUAGGCCUAAACCACAGCCAAGGGCGGUGGCCGAGACAAGAGACGGCAUCGGCGGCGCUGUCUUACGGCUCCCCUGCUAUGCUGCACGUAGUGUUGUGGCUCACGCCGCGGCCCGAACUGCUUAAGGCACUGUGGAUACUAUGGAAGCCCCGCCACCUGCUUUUCUUCAGUUUGGGAUCACUCCCCGGCACCGAGGUCUUGAGGGACGAGGCGGUGAGCAAUGUGGAGAAGCUAGCACUCAUCGGCCACCUCUCUGCCGAGGCGGAGCGAGGUCCCGACGCCCUAGGUGUGUACACUAUGCUGCCUUUUUCCUCUAGUGGCGUUCAACUCCUCGGCCCGUGGGAGCAUGAGUCUUUCAGUAACUGGGAGGCACUUUUCCCGGACAGGUUCCCGUCCUUCGAAGGAUAUACUUUUCAACUGGCAACAUGGAUGGUAGAUUACCCGUACCUGUAUCACAAAAACACAAAUUCUCUUCAAGGUACUGGGAUUAGUAUUAGAGCCUUAGAGGCUGUAUCUUCACUCCUGAACUUCAGCUACACCUUGACAGUCAAGCCACCGGAACCAGUGUACGGAGGGAAGCUAAAUGGCUCCUGGGCAGGGAUUCUAGGAAUGAUAUUAAAGAAGGAGAAAAACUUUUCUAUUAAUACCUUUUAUCUGACUCCAGAACGGUACAAAGACUUUGAUCCUUCGUCAUACUGGGGAUUUAGCAAGGUGGGAGCCUUUUUGUUGACGCCGCCCCCUCUCCCGAUGUCCCUGAAUCUUCUGCGCCCUUUCACUGUAGGAGUGUGGACAACCAUUGCAUUUUGCUUCGCGUUGGCAGUAUGCUCCUGUCUGAUGCUGGAGAGAACAGCAAAUCCUCGGAGCUCGGAGAGGCGCGGGGUGAUGGGCGUGUUGAUAGAACUGCAUUGCGGUCUGGUAAAUCAGAGUGCCCCCGCCCUUCUGCUGCCACUCUGGAAGCGGGUUUUCCUGGCCGUGUGGCUGCUCUGUUGUCUGGUCGUCACUGCCGCCUACACCUGCAACUUGGUGGGCAUUUUCACUCGUCCUGCUUAUCCGCGGCGACUCUACACCCUGCAGGAACUUACCGACAGUACCUUCAGGUAUUGCAACACUGGUUUUACCUCUACCAAGAGACAAUGACAAUUUCACGUUCUUUACAAACCUUGUUCUCGACACGUGGCAUGUGCUUUACAGCUACAGUACCUACUCCCAGUGGUUCUCAUACUGUUUUUUC